AUGCAUCCCAUAAACAAGGCCCGCAAGCAAAAUUCAUCAUGCGAUCAGUGUCGACGGUCGAAACGGCGAUGCGAAUUGCCUACACAUAUUCAGCAUGGGCAGGCACGUGUCUGUUCAAACUGUCUACAUCUUGGACAAGAUUGCACCUUUGAUUUUGUUACGUCGCGCCUACAUCAGAAACGAGAAAAGGCCUCGACUUUGGACCAGCCAGUUGCCGCCAGUAGCACUCAAUGUCUGGCGGAUAAGCAAAUCAAUGCAGUCGGUCUUUCACCAAAAUCCUGUGAGACCGUUCAUACUGCUUCGGAUGAAACGCUCUGGGAGGAGUUCACCACCAAUGUGGGACUACUCGGAACAGAUAUGUUUCUUGGCAACCUCGCUUCAGAGUGGGCGAACCUCAUGAACGGGAACGAUGAGAGCAGUCACUGUGCGACGCGGCCCGUAAGACGUGGCAGUAUGCCCUCCGCAACCUCGCGAUCCUCAAAUAUCAGUCGACAUCACAAGAAAUUCACUCAAGGAAACGGCAGAGGAGCUGUUGGCGCGUGGCGCGGAUCGCCAAUCCACCUCCUCAAUUCGAGUGUGGAACUGCUAUGGCUCAAUCAAAGCUUGGGUGAGAUAUACGAAUGUAUGAUGGCUGGCAUUGCGAUCAGGUACCUUGACUAUAACUGCAACCUCUUCGCAGGAUCUUAUCGUUAUUCAUUUGAUGCCAACCGCUCCUGCCCUUCAGUAUCUCACCAAGACGCUCAUAGCACCAUGGCAAGAACCCUGCCGCCGGCUUGGAAACGAUCUUCGUCGUCAGGUGGUCCAGCAGAGUACCAGGACCAUGCCUCUGGGUCCAUGGAAGUUUUGUCAACUCGGAUCAACAAAGUCACUAUGAUAGGCAUUGCGAGAUUCCUUGACAACUUUAGUUCUCUAUAUUGCAAUGUGAUUGGCGCAAACACGCGGAAGCAGAACGAACGCAUUCUGACUGCAGCCUUACAGGCCUUCGCUUUACAGUUCGCUCCGUCAUCCCCAACGUCGGUAUCGGAGGGCAAGAUGUAUACUCGUUUCAACAGUGCUGAUGAUGGUCCCACUCCGGGCUCGAGCUCUGGAAGUCAGAAUACCAACAGCUCUCGUAUCUUCAUUACGGCCUGGCUCAAUACCCAUUCACUCUUGACGGAGUCGAAUCAACCUCGGUCUUUUGUCCGCCUUUAUGCUGUGUUUCUCUUUCUGAUGACCACCAUACCAUCAGAAGCCAACACAAGCGGCGGAAUGGACAUCAGGCCUCUAGAUAUCCUAGAUGACGCUUUGCAUCAGAUGCAGGAGCUGCAGAGCCUGAUAGAUGGUUAUUGUGCGAAUUUCGAGGCCAACUCUAUCUACCGAUUCCUCCUUCAAUCCUGCCUUGGGAUUUUUGGUUGGUAUGCAUACCUGCGUGACACAAUAUCCUCCGUCCUGAACCCACGUGUGUGCAUUCUUAACGACGCCCCAGUGCGCCUCAAAGGGAAGGAGUCCGUCAAUGAAACCGGCGAGGCUGGAUGGGAGCAGUUCCCUAACUUCGAUAGUGAGGUGCCAUCAAGCUGCCAAUAUGCUGCAGGCGAUCUCUUUCAUCUCUUCCGACAAGUUAUUCACCUCAGGGAGAUGAAUUCCCUGCCGAGAACGUCUCUCGAUGUUGGUGACCUGACGAGUCGGGUUCAACAGAGCAUUGCACUCAUGGACGAGUACACUUCGACGUACGGACCCUGGCUUGAACAAUGUAUCAUCACAUUUUACAGACUUUCAGAGAGGUCCAAGCUCUCAUCUGCAUUCCUGCUCUUGUUCUGGAAUCUUAGUGCCUUCUGUCUCGUGGAGCAGCUUCACCUCGCUGGAGAUUUCCUGCCACCGGAAGAAAGGAAGCCGAUACUCGGAAAAGCCCAGAAAUUCCAGGAAUCGGGCGUGAAAUCUGUUGUUGCUACAGCGCGACGCAUCGUUGAUGUUUCGUCAUGCGGAGAAUUCAAACUGUUGAAUAGCAUCCAAGCACGACUACAAUUCAUCUGCCACCACGCCAAUACGAGCCUUGUCGUCAUGGCCCUUGCCAAAGCUAUGGAGCAUACCAUUGACCUAAAUAUGACAAGGGAAAUAGACGACACGACCAUGUCCGACCAAUCAACGACCCUGGAUGCUCCGACUGAGUGGAUUGGGUCCGUUAAACCUCUUUUGAUUUGCCUUAUAAACCUGAAAAGCACCAUUUCUGGAACAUAUGCAGCAGAACCUGCGCUACAAAAGCUGAUGCAGCAAUAUGGCGAUAUUUUGAUGGAUUGUUGGUCUCACGAAGGGGAAGAAAUCCUGGGAGCAUCAUAUCAUUCGCGACAUUGUGACAGGAAUGAUUCGGCCAGCUGA